ACCUCACCUGUACAGCAAGAGCAAGAGCAAGAGAGCAUGGCGGUGUGCAGGGGACGAUUAUUCUCCUUAUUUUCCCUCCAUGGCGGCCCUUCAGCAGCCCCGCGCCUCCUGCUGCCUGCUGCCGCCUCAGGGACCCAGCAGCAGCGACAUUAUGCAAAGCCGCUAGCAGGCCUGGGCAAGAAGGGCGGCAAGACAAAGCUGGGGCCCACCGUGGAGAAAGUGCGGCUGCCUGUGGAGACCGACCCGGAGAAGCUGGUGAACUAUGUCUGCGGCUCCCACCCCGUCAAGGAGGACCGGCAGGACAUUAAGUUAGGGCCAGAUGAGGACUACCCGGACUGGCUAUGGACCCUAAGGACAGGAAAGCCGCCACCCCUUGAGGAGAUGGACCCCAACACCAAGCAGUACUGGCGGAAGCUGCGCACGAUGGCUAUGAGGGAGAAGAACAAGCUCAGGAAGACACAAAGGUUCUGAGCGAGGACGUAAAGAGGCGCUGAGGGAAGACAGAGAUUUUAAGGGUAGACUGAAGAGGAUAAAAAAGACACUGAAGGGAGAGACAGAGGUUAAAGAGAAGUCUGAGGAUGAUAAAAAAGAUACUGAAGGGAGUCACAGAGAUUUUUAAGGAAGACUGAAGAGGAUAAAAAAGAAACUGAAGGAAGACACAAGCUUUAAGGGAAGACUGAAGAAGUCCUGGAAAGGUAUAAUGAAGACAGAUUUUGAGGGAUGACUUAGAGGUUCAGGAAUAGGAAGUACAAAGGUGCUGAAGAGGCAGAAGAGCUGAAGGAACACACUGGUUUUAAGAGAAGACAGAAAAGGCUGUUAAGGAGUAAAAGAGGAUUUGAAGGAAGACUUACUUGAUUGUGAUAAGAGAUUUGAAGCAAGACUAAGAGGUUAUGAACAUAGAGUAAGAGGGUUUGAAGGAAGAGUAUUGGGUUCUGAAGGAGGAGUAAGAGGAUCAGAAAGAGGAGUAAGAGGCUCUGAAGAGGAAAGGAAGAAGAGGUGGUUUGGAAGAAGAAUAGCAGAAAUUGAGCAUAAUUAUGAGGUUCUAAAGAAAAGGAGAAGAAAAUGAAUGCAAUAAAAAGGCGUUGAAAGGAAGACAAAGAAGAAAAAAACAAAACAGUGAAGUUCUAAAGGAAAUAAAAAGGAGUUAGAUGUGAUUAAGAGUUUGAAAAAGGAAGACCUAAAAUUACUGAAGAAAGAGAAUGAAAAAGAGAAAACAGACCAAGAAAGAUAAUGUUAAAUAAUGUAAACAAAGACACCUAAGGAAUACAAGGGAUCUGAGGCCUGCUUUCACAGUCGCCCGGUACACACCCUAACCAAAGGCCCUACCAUCCCAUUAGCAGCCAUUAUCAUCCCCUCGAUCCGCUUUCACAAUCGCCGUUUUCGUGGUAUCAGCGACUACCAGCGUUGAAACGGUCGUGACAAGGCAAAGGCGUGUGAUUCGGCAGUGUUGGUUUGCUGGAGCGGCGGAAAAUGUCAACAUCACAUCAGCUGAGCGGAGGAUUAUGAAGAAGGAGCAGAGAUCGCCGCGCAUUGGUAACGAUCAAAACAAACAAAAGUGACUGAAAGCGACCCAAAAUUGUGACUAUAGAUUAUGAAUGCAAGAUAAGGAGUUUGAAGGAUCUAAAGGAAGGAUAAGGGUACAGAGAUGAGCACUGGGGCAUUACUUCCUAUCCUGUAGAGUCCUUGGUCAGUGUCCUUAAGUAAUUGUGAAAAGUGUAAAUAAGUAAUAAAAAUGUGUUGUUGUU